AAGAAGAAACGUACAAGGAGAAAAAAGGUUUCCAUUAUUGUUGACUGCUUGAGAAAAAGAUUAAACGUUUCUCUCGCGUCAUUUCAAUUCCAUUUUCUCUACUUUUGUUCUUCGGUUAGGGAGCCGAGAGAUAUAGUCAAAAUCAAAUCCCUUAUUUCGACAUGUAUUAAGCACUAAGCAGCUUCUUCAAGGUCCGAUUCAACUCGCUUAGAUUUGAUCGGAGGAGGACUACUUGUUGUUGUUGUGGUAGGGUUUUACCGAUUUUGGAGCUCAAUGGAGAAUCCACCUGCGGAGGAGCUGCUGAAGAAGAUACUAGAGCUAGAGGAGAGUCAGGAGCAUCUAAAACAGGAGAUGUCGAGGCUUAAAGUAUCCACGGAGCUUAGGCAGCGAUCGCAUUCGGUGUCUCCUCAUCGUCCGGCGAGGAGAACUAUCGGCGAGGGAGCUCCGGCUUGGAGGAAAAGCGGUGCCGCCUCGUUUCGUAACGCUUCGCCGUUGCGGAAGGAGAGCCGUAUCCAGAAUUCGAUGAGAUUGAGGUCUGAAGUUGGUGGCGGGGGACCAUCGGCUGGCAAAUUCACUGAUAAACAGUAUUUGAAUAUAUUACAGUCCAUGGCACAAGCUGUUCAUGCCUUCGAUCUUAAUAUGCGGAUAAUCUUUUGGAAUGCUAUGGCGGAAAAGGUUUAUGGGUACUCUGCAGCAGAAGCACUUGGGGAGAACCCUAUUAAUGUUAUUGCAGAUGAUCGAGACGCUUCCUUUGCAAUGAAUAUUGCUCGACGUUGUGUCCGUGGAGAGAGCUGGACUGGUGAGUUUCCUGUCAAGAGCAAAUCAGGUGAUAGAUUUUCAGCUGUCACUACGUGUUCCCCCUUCUACGAUGAUGACGGUGCUCUGAUGGGGAUCAUUUGUAUCACAAGUAACACGGCACCAUAUCUAAACCCAAGAAUCUCUUUGGCUAAAUUGAAGGCGCAAGAAGAAGGUGAAACGAGCUCUAUCCCUGCAAGGAAUAGUUUUGCCUCUAAACUUGGCUUGGACUCCAGAGGAGCUAUUAUAUCCAAAUUUGGCCUUGACUCUGACCAGCCUAUACAAGUUGCUAUAGCAUCGAAAAUCUCAGAUUUGGCAUCCAAGGUGAGCAACAAGAUCAGGUCGAAAAUGCGAGCAGGUGAUAAUAGUGCCACACUCUCGGAGGGUGGCAGUGGCGAUAGUCAUCAUUCAUAUCAUGGUGUCUUCGGGGCUACCCUCACUGACCACAAGGACGAUGCAGCAUCAAGUGGUGCCAGCACACCAAGAGGGGAUUUUCUCCAGUCUCCUUUUGGUGUAUUCACAUGUAAUGAUGACAAGUUUGUUUCGAAACCCUUCAAAGAUUCCAGUGAUGAGAGUGAUGGAAAGCCUGCAAUCCAUAAGGUUCUCACCUCAAAAGCGGAAGAGUGGAUGGUAAAGAAAGGUUUGUCAUGGCCAUGGAAAGGGAAUGAGCAGGAAGGUUCAAAAGGAAGACCUACAAAUUCUGUAUGGCCUUGGGUACAGAAUGCACAAGAGAAAGAGAGGUCUCACCAGAUUAAUCCCGCUGCUGGUGUUAAUUCUGAAAGCCAUGCCUUUGAAAGUAAUAAGCCUAUCAAUAAUGAGGCUUCUUGUUUGUGGUCUUCCUCUAUAAAUGCAAACAGUACAAGCAGCGCUAGUAGCUGCGGAAGUACCAGCAGCUGUGUUAUGAACAAGGUUGAUACUGAUAGCGAAGGCUUGGAAUAUGAAAUUUUAUGGGAUGAUUUGACAAUUGGAGAACAAGUCGGACAAGGUUCAUGUGGAACUGUUUAUCACGGUCUCUGGUUUGGAUCUGAUGUAGCUGUAAAAGUGUUCUCCAAACAAGAAUAUUCAGCAGAGGUCAUAGAAUCUUUUAAACAAGAGGUAUUGUUGAUGAAAAGACUUAGACACCCUAACGUCCUGCUGUUUAUGGGAGCUGUGACUUCACCUCAUCGCCUCUGUAUAGUGUCGGAGUUCCUUCCACGUGGAAGUCUCUUCCGUCUACUACAGAAGAGCACAUCAAAACUGGAUUGGAGGCGGCGUAUCCAUAUGGCCUUGGACAUUGCUCGCGGUAUGAAUUAUCUUCACCAUUGUAGUCCACCCAUUAUCCAUCGUGAUCUGAAGUCAUCAAAUCUGCUGGUAGACAGGAACUGGACCGUUAAGGUAGCUGACUUUGGUCUCUCGCGUAUCAAGCAUGAAACAUACCUAACCAGCAAGUCUGGGAAGGGAACGCCUCAAUGGAUGGCACCAGAAGUUCUUCGAAAUGAGUCUGCUGAUGAGAAGUCUGAUAUUUACAGUUUUGGAGUAGUAUUAUGGGAGCUUGCCACCGAGAAGAUCCCAUGGGAAACUCUCAACUCCAUGCAGGUGAUUGGAGCUGUGGGGUUCAUGGACCAGAGGCUGGAAAUCCCAAAAGACAUUGAUCCUAGUUGGAUCUCAUUAAUGGAGAGCUGUUGGCACGGUGAUACAAAGCUGAGACCCACAUUCCAAGAACUGAUGGAGAAACUAAGAGACCUGCAAAGACAGUAUACGAUACAGUUCCAAGCGACUCGUGCUCUUCUCAAGGACAACUAAACAAAACAAAAUUUGAGCCUUUUUGCCUUUUUGUUCCUCAGUGCCCUGCUUCAGGACCCGGAAGACGUUCAUGAGAACAGAGAAAGAUAGAGAAUUGGUCUGCUUUUGAGCAGUAGUAACAGUGGGUUGGUGUGUAAUUACAACAUGGAGGAGACUGAUAAGCAGAGACAGCCACUGAAAUUAUGGGAGUUGUGUUGUGAUGUAUUUGGGUCAUUACACAAACUACCAAAAGAAACGUAUGGCUCAGGUUAGUUACUGUAGUUUUGGUGGUCGGUUUCUGCUCUCUAUUUCUCUGGUGGAAGCUUAAAGAAAGGGCCUGAAAGGGAUUUGAUGUGAAGUUAAUUGCAGAAAUACCACGUGCUUGCAUAUGUAUUAGUUGGGUAAGUGGGCAAGAGAUUGCACUUGCAUAUAUUAUUAUUUACUAAACAUUUA